GGUGCGGGGCCAUGCUUUCGGCGCACUGUAGCGAUUCGAUAAGAUGAAAUAGAUGAAACAAGGGGCCCGCUGAUCUCCGAUCACCAGCAGGUGGUCAGGUCCGGAAAGGCGAACCAGGGCAACCGCUGCCUUCGGUUUUCACCCUUCCGUUUUCCCCCACCCCGCUCACAGCGCGCGCGCGAGAGAGAGAGAGCAGAAUGGGCUGGUUGACGAAGGAUGGCCAGGUUUCACGAGAAGACGAUAAGAUCCACACUGAUGUCCUCGCGGAAGCUAGGAAAGCCUGCUACAAGGCCCGUGAUGCAUUCUAUGCUUGUAUGGAGAAGGAAGUGGACAAGAAACCCACAGAAAUUGCUUCCGUCGGCCUUCUCUAUCCCUCCGAUUGCAAAGCUGCCCGUGCUGAGUUCGUCAGUCAGUGCCGGCCGACGUGGGUGAAGCACUUUGAUCGUCAGUACUGUGCAAAGAAGAGAGUGCAGAGGCUUCUCGAUUCUGAUGAUCCGAGGAGGGGCCCUAUCACGCUUCCACAACCUUACACCUUUAAACCUUGAUUUUGAGAACAAGGAAGCAUUUUGUCGUGGAGGAACAAGCUCAUCUUCUAUAUGUCAACUUCUAUUCACAAGGAACAAUUUGAUUUUCUCAUAUCCUUUAUUUGGAACCUUUUGCUUGAAACAUUGUUGAUCUCUUUAAUAUGUUUCUCUGAGCCCUUGGACACAAUUAUGUCAUCAACAUAAAUAAGAAAACUACUCAUGUAACCUUUUGUAAAUAGACAAGGAAAUCAGAGUGUAUUUGUGAAUUCCAUGUUUCUGAAUUUCAAGAAAAUACUCUGAAACCAGGAAACCAGGCAUGUAUAGUUUAUUUAACUUGCCAACAUAAUUUUUUGGAUCCUUUUGCUAUAGGAAUUUAUUUUCCAUGUAAACUUUUUCCUUUAAUCUACCUUGAUACAUUCAUUUUCAACAUCCAACUGACUUAAGAACUGCCCUUGGUCAACGACAUGGUAAAGGAUUAUAAUUGAUGUUAAUGGUUCCCAUCUUCGCUUUGUUGGGAUGAUUUUUUUUUUUUCAUAAUCAAACCCAUGAUCUUUUGGGAAAUACUUGAAAAGGUGUCAAGCUUUCAAUGUUUGUUUGCUCUAUCUGACCUAUAUCUAUCUUAAAUCCCUCUUUGAAUCCAACUAUUGUGGAAGAGAAUAGUUAAAGUUUUUGAUGUUGUACAUCCUGGAAGUUAUCUGUUUGUUCAUUUAUUGCGUUGUUCAUCUAUUGCUGUAUGCAGCUAGUUCUUAAUUUGUGUAAAAGAAGCUUGUGAUCAAUAUGAAAUUCUGGUAGGUCAACUAGCUUUUAAUACAAUGUUGUUCCCUGCUCGGUUAACUUAUCUGCUUCAUCAAAUAGACUCAUAGACUUAUGGACCUUAUGACUUAUAAAUCUAUGUGUUUUUUAUGAAGAACAUAUUAUUAUUGUUUUACUGAUUUUUUAUGAAUUUUAUGAUUUUUUCCCCUAUUUUUUUGAUUUAUUAAAAAAAAACGAUACGGUUACGAUACAUUACGAUAUUUUACGAUACAACGUAUCUUAAAGCCAGACCGAUACGGCUUACGAUACGCUUUUUACAACAUUGUGACAAAUACCUUGUUAUUAGUUUGAAAGGUACUGGAAUAAUUUGUGAAUGAUCAAGGUUUAGGUUAUGACUUGUGCAUCAGAUCCCUCUUAUAGUUUGAACCUCACUAUUUAUGUUGAGGCUAUGUGGUAGCCAUCGCUACUUUGUCUUGCCGGUUACAAGGAAAGAGCCCAAUGCAGACACACAAACCUCCCUGAGGGAAUACACAUCAAUAUACUGUGAUACCACCUAGUGUCAACCCCCAGACCCUAUUCAUAAGUGAUUGUGUGUCCAAUGGACCUGACCCACAAUCUAUAGCCUGUGAUUGUCACUAUGCUAUCCUAAAUUUUGCUAAACGGAAGGAUAUUAUGAAUAUUUAUGAAUGUUUCUAUAUCAAACUGCUGAAAAAAUAAUGCGAUUUGAUGCUACCAUAUGAACACAAGCUGGACUGGAGAUAAGUGGAUUCAAACUGCUGACAUCUUCCACAGGGCAAACCACCAUGUCUCAAGCUUUUCUGACUGAUUUUGCGUUGUCUUUAAUUUGCGUUGUCUUUAAUAAUGGACAACAACUCCCCCUCAACACAACUGUUCUAUGCUUUCCGGAGAGCAAUGCAAAUCAAAAGGUGCUGAUUUUGAGAACAGUGAUGACCCUUAACCAUGCCUCUUAAACACACUACGUCUUCUUUGUUCUUCUUAAGUCUAGUUCAAUUUUCACUCUUGAAUUCUUGAUCAUGCUGGUCUGAAUUUUAGUAUUCUUAUUUGAAGCUGAUUGUUGUCUUUAUUUGUUAAUAUUACUGAAUGACUUGUUACCUGUCCGGUGCUGAUAACAUUCCUUGCCUUGUGUUGCUGAUGCCUGAUGGAAUAUCUGAAAUACCAUAUUGCUGAAUGCAACUUUCAUCAAAAGCAAUACUCAUGGAGAUUUUGACAUACCUGCUUUUGAUGUGAUAACAUCUGAAAUCUUUAGGAUUUCUAGAUUAACAAAAAAUUGCACGCACAUGAUCUUAUGUUCAGCUUAGUUCUCAGUUUGUUGACAUGCACAUAGCAAAUGCAGCAAUAUGUCUACGAUGAAUUGUAAUAUGGAUGCUCUUCAAGUUACAUACAUUGUAUGUCCAUUUAUUCUCCAAUUUUUUAAAAAUCUACUGUCACAUGUAUUGCUUCAUGAAACCUUCAGCCCCUAGAUAGAGAGAGUACUUCCUUCAUGCAACAUUCCCGAGGCACUCUCCGAAAUGUGGGUGUUACUUUCUCUCAGCAAUAGAACAUGGUUUUCUUGAGAUCUGUGUGGAUUGGACACUCUUCAACAGAUCACAUGAUCUUUGAGAUAUUCAAGAAAUUCAUUGCAUGUACAUUCUCGUUUACAUUCUCGUUUGCCAUAACACUAGAAAUUCAUGAGGCCACAAGAAGUUGUUUUCAACAAGAGCAUGCUUUUUUUUCCAAUCUACAUGGAAGAUUUUAUGGCCAUGUUUGAUCAAAUACAUGUAAGUGAUGAAAAAUGUCAUAAAACAAAAGUAAAAAUAGUACUAAUUUCAAGAAGAAGAGGUGAAGAGAACAGGACUCUAAAUAUUAGAGGACAACUUAAAAAAUUCUGGAGUCGUUGGGAAAAAAAGAAAGGUAGAUGACCCUUUGAUGCUUGACAACUUGGACAAAUAACAUCCUUGGGCUCACAACGUAAACUUCAGGUGGGAAUUAAACUAUUGGAAACUACUUUUUCUAUAAAUACACAAGAGCAAUGGCCUAAUAUGUAGACAUUUGGCUUCUUUGACAUAUUUAAGAGGCAUGAACAUUGACUCUGGCUUUGAUUUCAUAACUUAACAAACAAUCAAAUGAGGAUUAUCUCUGAGAACAUGCCCUUCCAUGUCCUUCUGACUGAUUGAACAUUGUUUUCAUGUGAAGGUCCCUAGCGUACUGCCAAAUUGGAAUUAUCAAUUAUUUUGAAAUUAACACGAGAGUUCUUUUAAUAUUAAGAAGGGAAAACUAUUGGACAACUAAAGGAACAAAAAUCAGAUAAAGGAAUCAGCUGAAUGUCAUGUGCCUUUCCUAGUGAUGGAUUUAUAUCUGCCAUAAUAAGGAACCAGUUUCAGUUUCCUGAUGUUUGGGUUGAGCAAUGCUUGUAGAUUAUAAUGGGGGACGUCAUACAGCCCUGGGCUUUUCCACCUUGAUUAUUUCCAUCUCUAGCUGGAUUAUAGGCAAUUGGUGGGAUAUUAGGUAGGGGCAACAAAUGGUCUCCUUGGUUCGAUGUGUCAUGACAUUAUCUACAUCCACAUGUUCUUCAUCCUUCUCCAUAAUCCAUGCUUGUGGUGAAACUUCAUGUGAAUGCCCUAAAUUGUUAUUAUUUUCAAAUUUCAAGUUUUAACCGCACUUUGUAGAGUCAUCUCAUGUUGAAGUAAUUGAGCUCUUAGGAUCAUCAAUGAAGGAAAGUUUGGCACUGCAAGGUGAGCACCUGAGAUUCAGGUGGAAGUUCACUUAUUCUUCUUUUGAUAUCUCAUAUUGCUAGAACUAAAAAUUUUGGCAGUGGAUGAGAUGUAGAGAGUUUCUGGUGACUCUUAUAACCCAGAAUUUUGUCUCAUCUGCAUGGUCCUUUUGGUUAAAUAUCUAUUAGUGCAACUAGUAGGAUCGUUGGUGGUGAACAGUUUUAUAUUUGCAAAGGAGGUAUUGGAUUACAUGUGACGUUUGUACCAUCCUUGUUUUGAAAACUUCAAGCAUGUGUAGGUUUUGAUGUUACAGAGUUACUUUCAAGACUAUAAUAACGUGGAUAUAGAUAUCUCUCUAUAUAUUGUAUAAUAUAAAUAUUGUGUUGCAAUAUUUUCUC